AGCAGAACAAAUCAUCUUUUCUUGCUUUCUCUUAAUAUUUGCAUCCAAUCUUUUACACAUGUAAUAUAACCAAAAUUUUCAAACUUUUAUAAAGUUGUUAAGAAAUAAAAAUAAGAAAAAAGAAAAAAAAACAAUAACGAUCGUGGAUUUACAUAUGUUCGAGAAAUUUACUAUCGAAUGUAUAAAUGGCAAUAGAAAAAGAACAAUUCAGUAUACAAGUUUAGAACGCGCUGUUCUGUAAAAUGGUCUUAUCGAACGGAAUAGAAGAUCAAAAAAUUCCCAAGCCUUAUCUGGGUGGAUGGCGACACAAAAUUACCGGAAUAGAAUAUGUAAAUGCGGCUUCUCAGACCGGGCCACCGCCGAGGCAGAUAUCACGGAACAACGUAUGCAGCAGAGCGGUGCAAUGUGUACAAACGAAGGACGGAGUAACACAAUCGUUGCGACAUCGUGCAACGCAAAUGUGGCGAAACGACUGUAACAUAUCGAACGAAAUGGAUAAGUACGUGACUGUAAAACCUUAUAAAACAUGGAGAAACUUGGACGAACAAGCGCGUAUUAUUCAACGCAAUUAUCGAGCGUACAAGUUGUCGAAGUACACAAGAGAAUACGCGCAAACCUAUCGCACCAUGCUCGAACAAUAUGCUAAGCACGAAGAAGAAAAAGCAAUAGCAAACAAAAUGCGACAUAAACAGAACAUUCUUCGUCAAAUUUAUCCGCGAUCAAGAGCGGAUUUCGACAUGCUCUACAGUCUGAUCGAGAAGUGGAGAUUCGACCGACUGAAGGAUGUAAAAUCGCGAUUCUUCAAAGCCGCACAGCGUGCCGAGGGUUAUAGGAUCCUGGAAAAGACAGUGGAAAUGUUCAAUCACAUUGACAAACGUAAACAGGUGGUCAAGAGUUCGCGCAGAAAGCAACGGGUUCUCAGAUUUCUAACGUUGAAUUGCAAAUCUUCGCGAUGGAUCGGCUACAAGGGCCAAGUUACCGAGAUGAUUACGUUGAGAACUCAAAAGGCGCGUGAGUUCAAAGGAUUUUAUGACGCAUUGAGUAAUCGAGAUAUCGGUGCGGAAGAACGGAAGAAACUGUUAAUAAAGUUAAAGCAGUCGCUCGGCAUGCAUAUUUGUAACGAGGCUAUUGACCUGUUGUAUCUGUUGGAUCAGGAAAUCGCGUUGCUCAAUCGAGAGAUGAAGAAUUUAUCCUUGGAUUAUCUAAAUGAAAGGAUAACGUAUUCUUACGUGAAUUUUGUGAAAAUGCACAGUGUCUGCGGAUGCGAAUGCGUCGACGAAAUCUCCGAGAGCAGCGAAUUGAGAGAACCUUUAGAGAUAAAAACAAAAUUUUGUCGGAGUUGUUUCAAACUAGUGCCGUACGAUAAAUUCCUAUCGCACACCAGAACAAAUAAGCUGUUAGUUUGCGCCAAUUGCAGUUCUCUAAGUCGACGCAAUAUCGCGCACAUAAAUUUCGAUCCUUAUGUGUUUAUAUUGAAUUACGUGCGAACCGAGGAGGAACGUCGGGGCUCAGUUUCCUUUUUGGCAUUUAUGAUGCAAGAACACGAUAUUUAUCAUUUAGUUAAUAACAUUUGGCGCGGUCAAUCGGUGGUUAGCAAGAACCAAGAUCUCUUUUUUCUGAGAUUGGUUAGAUAUAAGAAGGAUAUCGAAUGGUCGCCCUGGAAUUGCAUCCUUCUGACGGAAAACGAAGCUGAUGCUCACUGUCACAUUAACGAUCCCGCUACAGUAUAUUCGAAGCAUUUGAUAAACCAAAUUAAUUUGGCGCAUCAGAUUGCAAAAAAUUAUUUCAAGUAUGUAAGAAUGCGUUAUUAUAUUUGCGUACAUGUGUGCGUAUGUGUAAUUGUAUUCUUUACAUUUUUUAUGUAUAAAUUUAACACACACACACACAAUUUAAUUGAGAAUAUGUUUUUGAAGCAUUUAAAUGGAAAAUCUCGAAAGAAUUCGAUUUCGUGUUACUUUUUCAAUGUUAUUCUAUUAUUUUUCGGAUAUUUGCAGACGAUUAAUUAUUUUUGAAAAAGAGUUUCGAGAAUCCUGUCGCUCUUCCACGCUUCAAUAAAAAUCCUUUGUUACAAAUCACUCGUUAAUUCUGUGAAGAAUUAUCACGAUCCAUCUGGAAUAAAUAAAGCAACAAGAAAGAUUUUUUAUUGU